UAGUGGUUGAUCUCUGCUAAAGCCCCUCCAUCGUUCUGUAGUAUAUUUAAUCUCUUGUCUCCUCCCCCUGGCCUUGUCUCAGUAAUUUUCUACAUCGGUAAGCUAUCUUGAAAAGGUACAGAAGUAUAUCGCUCGCAUUAUCUCAUUUCCCACAAUGUCCAACGGAGUCGAGGAAGAGGCUUUGUACAAGCCCUAUGAUCAAUUCAUUCUCUUCGGGGACUCGAUCACUCAGAUGUCCAGUGACCCGGAUCUCGGGUUUGGACUUCAUGGAGCUCUCCAGAAUGCUUAUAGCCGACGCCUGGACGUGAUCAAUCGCGGGUUCAAUGGUUAUAGCUCUGCACAUGCCAUUAAGGUUCUCCCCAAGUUCUUCCCCACACCGGAAAGAGCCACAGUUCGGUUUAUGACCAUUUUCUUCGGGGCAAACGACGCAUGUCUCCCCGGGAGCCCCCAGCACGUUCCAUUGAAUGAGUACAAAGUAAAUCUGAAGCGAAUCAUCCAACACCCUGCGAUAGUGGCUCAAAAUCCACGUAUUCUCCUCCUCACCCCGCCCCCUGUUGACCAAUAUGGACUCCAGGUUUUUGAUGAGUCGAAGGGGAAUCCUCACCCCAGUCGAACUGCCAUCCAUACGAAGCAGUAUGCAGAGGCAGUUCGCGAGGUCGGCGCCUCGCUCGGCGUUCCUGUUGUAGAUAUAUGGAGUGCUUUUAUCUCUACAACGGGCUGGAAGGAGGGUGAGCCACUUCCGGGCUCGAGGGAUUCGCCUAAAUUGGACAAGUUCCAACGCUUAUUCACUGAUGGUCUACAUCUGACAGCGGACGGGUAUCGGAUAGUGUACGAUGCGGUUAUAGCUGCGAUUAGAACGAACUGGCCAGAGCAUGAAGCAGAGCAACUUGAAUUGGUCUUUCCUGCAUGGCCAGAGGCGCCAAAGUAAAAGAGGAGGGAUAAUUAUGCGGUGACAUUACAGAGUGGAUCGAUCUCAGGUCCGGAUUGGUAGGUCACCACCUUCGUAAGGUGGACAGUCACUCAGGGACGAACUGUAUAUAGAAUUUUAU